CUCUGAAGAGGUCUUUUGAGGUCGAGGAGGUAGACCAGUCUUCAAAUACCUCCACCCCACAAAGACGGACCCCAAACCCCCUCCUCAGGUCCACUGUGUCCAGCUCCACACAGAAGUUUCAGGAGCUUGGCACCAGGAAUUUGGACCCACCUGCCCGGCAUGCGGACCCCACAGGCCAAAGAUCACCCAAGCCCCCUCUGAGGAGAGUGGAGCUCUCUGGACCCAAACUGCCUGAGCCGGUGUCCAGAAGAACAGAAAUCUCCAUUGACAUCUCAUCCAAGCAGGUGGAGAACUCCACCUCAGGGUUGUCGAGGUUUGGCCUCAAAAGAGCAGAUGUGCUGGGGCACAAACCCCCCGAGCCCACCCCAAGGAGGACUGAGAUCACCCUCGGCAAGCCCCAGGAGCCGGGUCUCCGGAGGGUGGAUGCACCAGCAUCAAAGAUCCCCGAGAUGUCCCAGCGAAGAGCCGAGAUGGCCAACGCUCCUCUGCCCGACACAGCCACCAAACGCGUGGAAAUUCAGGUAGCGAAGGCUGCCGAGGUCCCAGCCCCACCGGCGCAGCAGGUGGAGAGCUCGGAGCCUCCCCUGGCCACCCAGCCUCCCCAGGCAGAGCCAAAGCUGCAGCCGACGGUGAUGGAGAGCCCACCAAAGAGAGAAGAAG